CCCCGCCGGCCACGGCUCCCGGGGUAAACCCCGCCAGCGCCGUCCCCGCUUCCAAUUCCCUCUCCUCGGCCGCCUAACUCCUCACCGAAGUGCUCAUUUUGGUGAAAUGUAGAAUUAAUCGAGUACGACGGUUACAAGGGAACAUUUGUGGGUGUACCACUCCUGGCCGCUCCUGUUGUCUCGCGCCCGGCCGCAGCGGGCAUAUGGCCAAAUCAGAACCUCAGGAAAGAAACUAUGAUAACAUGGUAAAGAUGGUGGAGGACCUGAACAAGGACUUAGAAAAACUUCUGGAGGAAAUGGAAAAAUUAUCAGUGCAGGCAACUUGGAUGGCUUAUGACAUGGUAGUAAUGCGUACAAACCCAGACCUGGCCAACUCCAUGAGGCGACUGGAAGAUGCCUUCCUGAACUGCAAAGAAGAGAUGGAGAAGAAAUGGCAAGAGGUGCUGAAGGAAUCUAAAUGUGAAGAGCAAAAAAAUGAAUAAAUUGAUUUCAAUCAUGUUGGCAGAAUUAUAUCCCUUGGAGAAUCAUUCUCUCUCUCUUUUUUUUUUCGCUUUGUUUUCUGGUCCUGAAGGAUUCACAAACACCAUGGAAAAUUGAUUGACUUUCAUCUUUCUGAGAACUGCAUAUGUGGCUGUAUCUAUGGUUGUUGUUUGAUGAGUGGACAUAUAUAUUGUUGAAACUGAAAGGUAACAGUUUGUCUGUUUUUACUAUGCUCAUUUGUAGCCCUUGAAGCAUUUGUGCAUAUACAUUCUGUGUCAUUGUUCCUGAAAGAUCACACUUGCUUUGUACUUGGAAUUCUUUGUCCCCUGUAAAAGUUUUUUUUUUUUUUUUUUUUUGGUUCAGUGGACCAUUGCAGUUGUAUUACACUAGCAUAUGCCUUUCAAGAAAAACUGAAGAACUGUUUUUCCAAAUGAAAAAUAGCUGAAAUUCUGUAUUGCAUGUUGAUCUGUGUUACUUUGAUAGGGAAUUGCCUACUA